ACUUUUCCAACUGAACACUGCUCGCAUCAUACACCAUGACGGAACGGGAUAGGAGAUAUUUCGGAAGCGUACGUCAUUUAUUUUGGCUGCGUGCGUACGUGCGUUAAAUUUGAAAUAAAUAAUACUGAAAAGAGAUUACCCGAGCUAAAAGCACGAGAAACGGGGUUAAGUUUGUUUCCCUCAUUAGUUUUAUGAAUAAUAGUAAUUAUUAUUAGGAAUGAUUAAUUAAUAAUUGUAUUUCUUUGUAGCUUCCAGAAUAUGCAACAUUUACGGACAUUCGGUUUUCUGCACAAGUUUCCGCUAAUCUCCACGAUGGUACAAAUGGCGCUAGCGUCGGCGACAGCAUAGACUGUCACAACUGUCAUCAAUGUCAAGACACUUUUCUCCAAAAGGACGCGCUGGUUGGUUGUUGGCGAAGUAUUUCGACUGUUUUUUUUCGAUAAAUACAACGUUUUGGUAAGUUAUUAACUGUUAACUACCUUUUUCCCCGGUGUAAAGACAACGUCUCCUUCAUAUUGCAGCAUCUUGAAUGUCCAAAACCAUGAUGAUAGCAACACCGGCGGUGCAGGCGAGAGUAACCAUGACCGGCUAGCACGAUUGCUACAGCCAGCGCUGGAAAAGAUCGAUCAAAACAAGUAUCCCUACUAAGAUGCAACGAGGGUAGCACCUGUCCCAUAGGCAUGGCAAAAACCACCAGACAACCGUACGAAGCACCGUGCGUGAUACAACCGGAAAAAUCACGCAUCGAGCCGAAAAAGUUCGUCAAGAUCGGUCGUGCCGGUUAUCGGGUGACGAAGCAGCGCGAUCCAGAGAAUGAUCAACAGUCGUUGCUCUUCCAAAUCGGCUAUCCGGAAAUUACGGACGGUAUUGUACCGCGGCAUUGGUUUAUGUUCGUUUACCACCAGUCAAACACGCGAACACGAGCUUCCGCCAAUUUCCACAAUGGUACGUAGGGCGCUAGGAGCAGCGAAAGCUCGAACUGUCAGUGCUGUCAUCAAUGUCAAGACAUUUUUCUCGAAGGGACGCGCUGGAUGGUUGUUGGCGAAGUAUUUCUACUGGUUUUCCGAUAAAUAUAA